AUGGUUCCAUCUAUCCUCAUCGUCGGUGCUACCGGUAACACUGGCCGAAGCGUUGCCGAAACACUACCCAAGCUUCUCCAAUCAAACAAAAUCCUAUACCAGCACCGGGUUAUUGCUCUCACUCGUUCUGCGCAGAGUCCAGAGGCGCAAAAGCUUGCCAAAUUGCCGAGAGUCGAAGUGAUAGAGAAGAACUGGGUUGAAAUCACCUCCGAAUGGCUACGUGAAAACCAUGUAGUCAGAGCAUUUAUUGCAGCCCACAAUGAACCGACUCAGUUCGCUGAAGAAUCUACAUUCCACGUUGCCGCCCUCAACGCCGGUGUUGAAUAUGUCGUGCGAAUUUCCACCACGGCUGCCAAUGUCCGACCGGAUUGCAAGGCCUAUUAUCCUCGCACGCAUUGGGCUAUCGAGGCUCUUCUCAGCUCACCCGAAUUUGCCCCUUUGCAAUGGACAUCCCUCCAGCCGAACAUCUUCACACCACUCUAUCUUUCCAGCGCUGCGGAAUUCAUCAAGCACUACCGCAAAACUGGAGAGCAGGACACCCUUCGAUUGAUGGCAUCAAAAGACGCUCCCAUUGGCAUUAUCGAUCCUCAUGAUAUCGGUGUCUUUGCAGCUCACCUCUUGUCCCAAGAAGACCCCAGUUCACACAACAAGGCCAAAUACGUGCUGAAUGGUCUUGAAGAUAUCACCGGAAAGCAGAUUGUGGAGAUAGUCGAGCAGUAUAUUGGUACGGCAGUCGAGGAGGUUGUCUAUAAAGACCUGUCAUUCAUCGACUCGCUUUAUGAGUUCAAGUACGCGGCGACCCAGUCGAAGAAUGUUAUUUUUUCGAUCAAACAUGCCGCGGUGACGGCGUGGGAAGGCAAGUGCUCGGCUUCUACGACAAGCAAAGAGGUACUGGCGCUCGCUGCGCCAAAGCGUACACCUGCAGACAUGUUCAAAACCUUGCUUGAGCAUUAA